UUUGGGCGAAGAAGUCAUGGCUGGUCCAGAAAGUGAUGGCCAAUUCCAGUUCAUUGGUAUUAAAAAGUAUUUCAACUCUUACACUCUCACAGGUAGAAUGAAUUGUCUACUGGCCACAUAUGGAAGCAUUGCUUUGUUGGUCUUAUACUUCAAGUUAAGGCCUAGAAAAAUCCCAGCUGUGAAGGCAACAUAAAUGGAUUUUGAAAUGUCUGACCUCAUCUGUUAGUCCCAUGCCUGAAGAAGCUGGUGUCAAUUCAUCAUGUAAUACUCAAUUUGUACAAUAAAUUAUGAACCUGGAAAAAAAAA